AGUCCGAAAGUUCGAACUCUGUGUUUCCGAUAAGAGAACGAGCAAGGGAGCAGGAAGGAGAGCUCUCUCUCUCUCUCUAAGAAAUGGCCUCGUCGACGAUGGCCUUCACUGCAAGCCCAACUUCUCUUUACAACAACACUCGCCGCGGUUCCUUUCCUACCUUCACGCGCCGGUCACCACCUUCCAAUGCCCGAACUCGAAGCCUCUUGAGGCAGCGCUCACGGAAGGCCGCCAUCGUCAGCGCCAAAUACGGCGACAAAAACGCGUUGCAGUACCGGAAGCUCGGCGACUCCGACCUCGAAAUCAGCGAAAUCACUCUUGGAACCAUGACAUUUGGGGAACAGAAUACAGAGAAAGAAGCUCAUGAAAUCCUUAGCUAUUCAUUUGAAAAUGGCAUCAAUAUUCUAGACACUGCCGAAGCUUAUCCAGUUCCAAUGAAGAAGGAGACACAAGGAAAAACUGAUCUUUAUAUUGGUACUUGGCUUAAGUCUCAACCCCGAGAUAAAGUUAUUUUAGCAACAAAAGUAUGUGGUUAUGCGGAAGAGAGGAUAAGUUUUGUUCGUGACAACAAUCCAAAGGUUUUGCGGGUUGAUGCUGCAAAUAUUAGAGAAAGUGUGGAGAAAAGUCUUAAGCGUCUUAAUACAGAUUACAUUGAUUUAUUGCAAAUUCAUUGGCCAGACCGAUAUGUGGCUUUGUUUGGUGAGUUUUAUUAUGACUUUUCAAAAUGGAGGCCAAGUGUGCCAUUUGCGGAGCAACUGAAGGCUUUUCAAGAACUCAUUGAUGAAGGAAAGGUACGCCAUAUUGGUGUUUCUAAUGAGACUUCCUAUGGUGUGAUGGAGUUUGUACAUACAGCCAAAGUUGAAGGACUACCAAAGAUCAUCAGUAUCCAGAAUUGUUACAAUCUGCUAGCUAGAUGUCGUUUUGAAGUGGAUCUUGCUGAAGUUUGCCACCCAAAAAACUGCAACAUUGGCUUACUAGCUUAUUCUCCACUUGGCGGCGGAGUACUGACAGGAAAGUAUAUAGAUGCCAAUUCUGAAGCUGCAAGAAAAGGAAGGAUGAAUCUCUUUCCUGGCUACAUGGAUAGAUAUAACAAAUCUGUUGCAAGGGAAGCAACAAUAAAAUAUAUCGAAUUAGCCAAGAAGUAUGGCUUAACUCCAACUCAGCUUGCUCUUGGAUUUGCAAGGGACCAACCAUUCAAUACAAGUUCAAUCAUCGGUGCAACCUCUUUGGACCAACUAAAGGAAGACAUUGAUGCUUUCAUUACAACUGAACGACCUUUGCCUAAAGAAGUAAUGGCAGAUAUUGAUAGUAUCUUCAACAUAUACAAAGACCCAGCAGUCCUUUGAAAGCAAUAGCUUUUGAAGUGCAUCAUUCUGUGCUCUGUAUCAUUUUGUAUCCAUUGAAAGUUGUUCUCUCUGUAUUUACAUUUUACAACGAUUCUUUCUUUACUUCUUUUACAGAUCAUUUACCUGGGCAAGUUUUACCAACAAUUCCCUCUAUUUAUCCCUUUCAGCAAUAUUCUAUACCGCGUAUCUCUACUGGGUAAGAAAUGUACUAGGGAAUAAUAAGAUUUGACAUUGUAAUAGAGAAUUGUGUCGGUCACCGUGAUAAUA